AUUUGACAUUGAAAUAUAAUAAGUGGAGGCUUGUUAAUGGCGGUGAAAAUAGUGGCGGUGUAUAUUCGCGUACCCUUAUUUGUUGUUAUGUGAGGAUGAAGAUGUAGGUGGUCGUUAAAGUUCUAUGUUCGUGAGGGAAUGACAGUGUAUUUCUACUACUACAUGCAUGGAAUGUUUGUCACAAUAUUCUGGUAGUGAAAAUUUGGCGUUUUUCAUUAUAUUUUACUGUGACUCGUUUGUUAUGGUUGAUUAGAAAACUUACUUGGUAUUGACCAAAACGUAGGCAGUAGAGCUACGCAUGUAGAAAAUCGCAAAAUUUAAGAGAAAUUUGAGGGUUGCUGUUUGUAACGGAAGUAACGAGGCUCCGGUUUACGUUGCUGCCAGACGAAAAAAAAAAAAAAUCAUGACAGCUCGAAGAAAGACGAUUUUGAAAGUAGUUGUACCCGAUUCACCGCCAGUAUUAACCCCGCCACGAAACCUUGAUAAAAGAACAACAAUUACUAUUGGAGAGAAGACUUUUGUUGUAGAGGCUGAUGAUCUAGAGAAAAUUUCUGACCUUGGCAGUGGUGCCUAUGGUGUUGUUGAGAAAAUGCGUCAUAUUCCUAGUGGAACAAUCAUGGCAGUAAAGAGAAUAGCUGCUACUGUGAAUACCCAAGAACAGAAAAGACUGCUUAUGGAUCUAGAUAUCUCGAUGCGCUCUUCUGAUUGCCCAUAUACAGUCCAAUUUUAUGGUGCAUUAUUUCGAGAGGGUGACGUAUGGAUUUGCAUGGAGGUUAUGGACACAAGUCUUGACAAAUUUUAUGUCAAAGUAUACAAGCAUGAUCGCACAAUCCCAGAAGAUAUCCUUUGCAAGAUAACAUUUGCAGUUGUUAAUGCAUUGCAUUAUCUGCAUUCAAAGCUGCGCGUGAUUCAUCGUGAUGUAAAACCAUCCAACAUUUUAAUCAACAGGAAGGGCGAAGUGAAAAUGUGUGACUUUGGAAUUUCUGGUUACCUAGUUGAUUCAGUUGCAAAGACUAUUGAUGCAGGAUGUAAACCCUACAUGGCUCCAGAGCGCAUUGACCCAACAGGCAAUCCUUCGCAGUAUGAUAUUCGCUCUGAUGUUUGGAGCCUAGGCAUCUCUCUUAUUGAACUUGCCACAGGCAAAUUUCCCUAUAAAACAUGGGGUACACCAUUUGAACAAUUGAAGCAAGUUGUGAAAGAUGAUGCACCAAGACUGCCUCCUGAUACAUUCUCACCAGAGUUCGAAGACUUCAUCUGCCAGUGCUUGCAGAAAGACUUCACAGAGAGACCCAACUACGAAAAGUUGCUCAAGCAUCCUUUCUUAACUCGGCAUCAGAAUGUGGACGUAAAUGUUUCAGAGUUUGUGAGUGAGAUUUUAGACCUGAAAGAUGAGGAAGCAUAGUAACUUCACUCAGGCACAUAAAGUACAAUAUAGAAAUACAUUGUGCUCAGUAUUCCUCAGUUUUUGGAAAACUGCAUGUUGUUAAAAGUUUCUAGUAUUGCACCACAGCAAAGAUUCCAAAAUUUUUCUACUGCCAGAUGACACAUUGGUGUUAACACUUUGUACAUUUGAUUCACCUUUGUUUAAUAGUCUUGUAAAUAAUAUAGAGGUAUCUUACUGUGUAGAAGUGUGCCUUUUGAGUCCAAGCAGUUUUAAACAGUGUUUGAACAUCUAGAACGUAAAGUUGUCAGUGUUCUGAGCUGUGUACUGUGAUACGCGUAAUUUAGGCCAUUACUGAUUUUCAGUACUUCUUCAUAACAGGUGCCUUUGCAUGGUGCAUUCUGUUGUGGGUUUAAAGUAUGUAUUACUAUCCUGCAACUUCCUGUUGAAUCACUGUAGUGAUCAAAGGCAAUUUGUAAUGAUCUAUUGCAAAUUCUUGAGGUUAUCAAAUUUUGUCUUGAACUUUGUAAAGCAUCUAUCUAAGAACAUAAAAUCCUAACUGUAAAUGACUAUCACACUGUAGAAACCAAUAUUAUUAUUGGUUUUGUUGCAGGACAAAAUUUAAGCAUUUAGAAAUUUGUUAUUGGAAGUGUGCAGUUUUGACACCAGACAACUGUCUCAUUGAUUUAUCAAAUUUGUUUUGUAUACUAAUAUGUCAACUGUGGCAGCUGUGCCUGUCUGCAAUGUACUAAGUGCAAAACAUAAAGAUGUAUUUUCGUUGUUGUUGUUGACAAAUAAACUGGCAUAAUUAUUGUAGCCAACAUAAGAACUAUACCACUUGCGCCAGUCCAUUAGCAUGCGGUUUCUAUUCUGUAAAAAAAAUCAGCUUGUGCAGUUACUUGACUUACUAGACUUUUUUUAGUUGGAGCCAAUUAAAGAAAUGAAUAUCCAUAUUAAA